AUGGCUUUCACUUGGGGUUCUGCGCUCAGGAUCACACUCCUCCUCCUCCUUGUGGCCGCUGUAGCCACUGCUUGUUUUACUCUCCCUGUUGAAAAGAUUUUAAAGGACUUCUUAUUAUGGGUUGAGCAGGAUCUUGGUCCUUGGGGUCCGCUUGUUCUGGCUGUUGCAUACAUUCCACUAACAGUCUUGGCAGUACCAGCUUCAGUACUUACCCUUGGUGGUGGUUAUCUUUUUGGGCUACCUGUGGGCUUUGUUGCCGACUCAAUUGGAGCCACUGUAGGUGCAGGGGCCGCCUUCCUUCUUGGCAGAACUAUUGGGAGAUCAUUUGUUGUUUCCAGGUUGAAGGAUUAUCCUCAGUUCCGGGCAGUUGCAAUUGCAAUUCGGAGAUCUGGAUUUAAGAUUGUUUUGUUGCUUCGUCUUGUUCCCCUACUCCCAUUCAACAUGUUAAAUUACCUCUUGUCUGUGACUCCUGUUCCAAUAGGACAAUACAUGCUAGCUUCCUGGUUAGGAAUGAUGCCAAUAACAUUUGCGCUAGUAUAUGUUGGAACAACUCUCAAGGAUCUUUCUGAUGUGACCCAUGGAUGGGGUGAAUUUUCAAAGACCCGUUGGGCUUUUAUCGUAUUGGGCCUCGCAGUAUCUGUGAUUCUAAUGAUUUGUGUGACAAGAGUUGCCAAGGCUGCUCUGGAAAAAGCUUUGGCUGAAAAUGAGGAUAUUGAUAUCAAUGCUACACCAGAGUUGCCUGUUGUCGCUGAAGCACCUGCGCAUCUCAACCAACCUCUCUUAAUCAAGAUAGACCCGUCUGAAGACAAUCAUGAAAAGUGA